AUGGAUCCCGCCACAAUGUUACCCAUCGAACUACUUAUAGAGGUAUUCGAACUCUGCCAGGAGCCACACCAAGUUGGCUUCCCGACUGGAAAUCUAAUGCGAGAAUCUCCUUGGUUGCUUUCCCUUGUAUCUCAUGAAUGGAGAACUAUCGCCCUCUCGACUCCAAGUCUCUGGCGAAAACUGUGCAUAUAUUUCUCCCCUUUCCCCGAAAAUGUUACCGAACUCACCAGAGCAUUUCUUCGUCGUUCUGCAUCCUUUCCUUUCUCACUCGUUAUUUGUGAUGACGGCGUGAACUUCUUGCCCGCUCAUCGUCAACUUAUCUCUUUGGUUACUGAGCAAUCCCAUCGCUGGACUCACCUUCACAUAAUAAGCUUUGGUUGUGACAACAAAUGGGAGCAAUCACUGGCUAGUAUCGAUGGACCUGGCUGUCUAACAAUGCUCACUCAAGUCAACCUUGCUCGGACAGAAGUUUCAAACACCCUGUUAAAUUUCUUUGCUCAUGCACCACGACUGCAAGUGGCAUUUCUUCCCGUCCUCCCCGCAGGCAUACUGGGCGACGGCCUCUUCCCUUGGCACCAGCUCACGACUUUGACGACAGACUACAUUGACUUGCUCGUCGAUCCCAUGCUGCGGACACUACAUGCUAUCCCAAAUCUUAGGACGCUUAGUCUUCGUGCCAUUGGAAUGGACGACACGACACCCUCUCCCAGCCCAUCUCUCCAUAGACGAACAUGGUCUCUUUCGAGCCUUGAAACACUCACCCUCAGGAUUUCGGACAGUGCCGCAGACUCCUAUCGCGGCGCUCUUUUGGACGGCAUCCGUCUCCCAAUAUUAACCACGCUCUCCCUCGAAACUCUUGAUUCUUCGAUUUGCCACCAAAUGGCAGCAUUGUUCCAACGCUCUGCCCGUACCUCUCAUCCUCUCACGUCGUUAUCUUUGUCCUGCGACUCCCCGCUGUUUGCAUCCGAGCUCAUUCCUGUCCUGCGCCAAAUACCGCAUCUAUCUCAUUUGGUUAUAUCAGAGGCUAUCAUUAUGGACGAUGUCCUUAUGGCUCUCAUUUUACAACCUGCUGAUGUCCUUAUACCCUUACUGGACUUUCUCGCUUUACAAGAUACGCGUUUCACCCCUGAACUCCUCCUGCGAGUCGUCCGGUCGCGCUUUAACGAUGGUUAUUUUCACUCGGGGCUACCUCGCAGACUGAAGUAUCUCCGAAUGUCGCUGCACAUCGCUGAGAUAGAGCCCGAGGUUGCUCGUGGCUUUAACGACCUUUGCGACCUUGGUCUGGACGCGAGAUUAUUGCGUUGA